UUUGAAAUACUUUUAAAUAGUUUUGUUGAGUGAUUCAAAAUAUACAAACUUGAAAUACUAUUUUGAAUGUGGAAAAAUCUGGAUUCUCCAAGAUUUUAUAACCUUAACUAACCUUAUCAACUAUCAUUGAAAAUGUUAAUCAUAUAAGAUUUCUUUGAAUCUAAAAACGUAAUAACUAAUUUGAUAAAUAAUUGUACUCUAAUCUACAAAUUCGAUGUCUUUCAAACGCAGCAUUCCUUCAACCAAUUAUCUAUUCUGGAAUUAGAAGAUAAGUAAGAAAGAUUUCAUCGAACCUCCGUAUUUUUUUACGACCUUACGUGGGAAUUUAAUAUUUAUUAUAGUUGAUUGAAAUUUUUUAAAAUGUCGCUCUCAAAAUCUAGUAUUUUCACUUAUGAUAAUUUGGUUCAUGCAAUUGCAGGAGCCGCGGGAGGUAUAUUUUCCAUGGUGUGCUUCUACCCAUUGGAAACUAUUAAAUUUAGAAUGCAGUUAGAAGAUGUUGCACUAAAAGAUAAGACCACUCAAGAAGCUAUCAUUCAUAUAUUGAAAAAUGAGGGAAUUGAAUCUCUCUAUAGAGGAUGCCAACCGUGUCUUAACUCAAUAGCAGUAUCAAGUUUUGUGUUUUUCUAUUCAUUCCAUAGUUUGAAAUCUUUAAAAUUAGGUGGAUUAACUAAUACAGCUCAAUUGGAUAUGCUCUUGAGCUGUUUAGCUGGUUUUAUAAAUAUUUGUUCCACCACACCUUUGUGGGUAGUGAAUAAUAGGUUGAAGUUACAGAAACAGCAAUAUUAUAAUGGACUUUUAGAUGGUAUGUUCCAUAUAGCGAAAAAUGAAGGAAUUGGAGCAUUGUGGUCUAGUUUCAUACCGUCUUUGAUAUUACUUGUGAAUCCUGUAAUACAUUUUACAGUUUAUGAGUCUCUGAAAAGGAGAAUGAAAACAGACUCUGCUUGGGCUUUUUUUAUAAUGGGAGCAAUAUCUAAAACAAUUGCUACUCUUGUAACUUAUCCUCUUCAAGUAGUUCAAACUAAACAAAGGGCACAGAGAGAAUUUAGCCCUGGAACUCUAGCUCUUAUUUUAUCUAUGAUUAAAAAGGAUGGUCCAAAAUCACUGUACAGAGGGAUGGAAUCUAAACUACUUCAAACCGUUCUUAUGGCAGCUUUAACAUUCAUGACAUAUGAAAAAAUUGUACGAUUAGUUUUUACAAUUGUGAUGGCUAGCUCUAAGUAUAAAAAACUCAAGAGUUAGGUACAAAUUGUUUAGGAAUAAUGCUUUUAAGUGAUGAUGGGGAACAUAACAGGGUUUUUGAAACUCAUAGCUCAAUUGUAUUAUGGAAAAAACUUUUUAACGCUCAUUAUAGGAAUAUAAUUAGAUGGGAAAAUAUUUACACAAAAAAAUUGCCAAAGAUUUUCUUGCUUUAAACGCUUGCCAUCUUGCCGUAUUACUAAACAUAAAAUGACAUAUGGGUCUAUAUUUUUGGGAAUAAAAAAUUAUGUAGAUGACCAAUUAGUCUUAUGAUAAAGAUUAAGUGGUGACACAAUAAAGACACAUUUUGGGGAAUCUCAUUGGGUACUGUGAUUGGAUGAAAUAAAAGAUAUUUAUAAUUUAUAUGUGGCUGUUACUAUCAGUCUGUUGAUAUUAUUCUAUUGUGAUCUAGUACAAAUCCAUUCCAAAAAUUAAAGAUUAUAUCAUGGGAA